UGCAAGCUGGCAUUGUGAAGGGCUCGGUGUAUUUCUGCUCAUUCUGAAUGAAUACCAAAAUAACCAGCAAUUUUUGGAUGGACAGUUUGCCUUUCUUUCCUUUUUUCAAAAAAUUAGACUCACACAAAGGACCUUAGAGGCAACCUUCACAUGACCUACUGUCAGCACAUUGCUUGCUAAGGAAAAGCAAUCUUAAUUAAUUGACCAAUUGAUUAACUUUGCGGGUAGGGAAUUAUCAGCAUGAUUGUUCGGGAAGUCAACAGGGCAAUUCCCUGAAUCCACUUCGAGGAAAAAAUGGGCAGAUGGCUGGCUGGGCUUUGCUGGUGAAUUGCGGGUUGCCUUCAUUCUUCUUUGGAAAUCAAAUGCCACAUUGAGCUAAGGACUGUGCCUGAAACUUGUGGUGAAUUUCAGCAUGUUGAUCCUGUAGAGUGUAUGCUUCAAGCUGGAAGAAAGCCAAAAAUAAAAUCUCAUCUGGCCAAGAAGCAUUCUCUGUCAAAACCUCAAGUACCUCCUAAGCCUGUUUAUAUCCAGCCUGCUGGGCAGGAGAAGAUUCCUCCAGCACCAUCUAAGCCUUUGCCAGCAGAUCCCAAGUCCUCAAGAAGUCCACUGCCUGAAGAAGAAAUAACAAAGGCCUCAGGAGACAUUAACAGACUCAUUGAAAAAUUUGAAAGUAUUAGGCGGCCUGUCGAUGUUGUUCAAAGAAACCAGUUUAAUUUAGUUUUUAAGAUGGAACCUGGAAUGGACUCUCCUAAACAAUGCUGCCCAAGUGUCUGUGAUAUGGCAGUUUCUAGUGCUGCUUCUACAAACGAAAUUAAGGAACAAGAGGAAAGUGAGCCUGGCAUCUUGUGUAGCACUGAAAUGUCUAAUGCAGACAUAAUGAAAAUUAAAGAACUAAAUAUAGAUGACACCACAGCCACUGAAGACUGUACUGAUGGGAACAUCAGGAAAGUGCCUACGGAAGAUCUUGGUCAUAAGGAUUCCUUGGCUGAGCUGAAUGGAAGUGGCAAAAUUCCCAAUAGGGACAGUGGGAUUGACAGCCCUUCUUGCAGUGUGGCAGGCGAGGCAUUCCUAAACGAAGAUGGUUCAGAACAGAGAAAAGCCACUGUGAGUGGGAGCCCAGCAGCAGACAUGGAAAAUGACAAAAAGGGUGUCAGAUUAUCUGCUGGGGAGCAGAAGAGAAACUUCACUCAGGAUGAAGACAGUGACAUAGAUGAAGGAAGCAGUGAAGAGCAAGAAACUGCAGAAGUAUCAAAACUGGAAUGUGUAGACAUUAAUAAGCAGUGUUCAGAACCACAAAAGCUGUUUAACAUUGCAAAUGAACUUCUCCACACAGAAGAGGCAUAUGUUAAAAGGCUUCAUCUUCUAGAUCAGGUUUUUUGCACUAAAUUGUAUGAAGCAGGGAUUCCACCUGAUGUAGUAACAGGAAUCUUUUCAAAUAUUUCAUCCAUCUAUCGCUUCCAUGAACAGUUUCUCUUACCUGAGCUCAAAACAAGGAUUACUGAUGAGUGGAAUACAAAUCCAAGGCUAGGAGAUAUCCUUCAAAAACUUGCUCCGUUUCUGAAAAUGUAUGGAGAAUAUGUAAAGAAUUUUGACAGAGCAAUGGACAUGGUGAACACAUGGAUGCAGAGAUCAUCUCCUUUUAAAGACGUCAUUCAAAACAUACAGAAACAGGAUGUUUGUGGGAACCUCACAUUACAGCAUCACAUGCUGGAACCUGUGCAAAGAAUUCCACGUUAUGAGCUUCUCUUGAAGGAUUAUCUUAAAAAACUCCCUGGAGAGUCACCAGAUAGGAAAGAUGCUGAAAAAUCACUGGAGCUCAUUUCUACUGCAGCAAACCAUUCAAAUGCAGCCAUCCGAAAGAUGGAAAAGAUGCACAAGCUGUUAGAAGUGUAUGAGCGGCUCGGUGGAGAAGAGGAUAUUGUUAAUCCAGCCAAUGAAUUGAUUAAGGAGGGGCACAUUCAGAAACUGUCAGCAAAAAAUGGUACAGCUCAGGAUAGGUAUCUGUUUCUGUUUAACAGCAUGGUGUUGUACUGUGUGCCAAAACUAAGGCUGAUAGGCCAGAAGUUCAGUGUUCGAGAAAAGAUUGACAUUGCAGGAUUACAGGUCCAGGAAAUUGUCAAGCAAAAUGUGGCUCAUACAUUUUCAAUAACAGGAAAAAAGAGAUCCUUGGAGCUACAAGCUAGGACAGAAGAAGAAAAGAAAGAAUGGAUCCAGGUUAUCCAGGCAACAAUUGAAAAACAUAAGCAGAACAGUGAAACAUUUAGGGCUUUUAACAAUUCUUUUUCUCAAGAAGAUGAGCAUUUCGCUGACUCAUCAAUAGCUAGCACCAGUUCUGUGGAGUCUAUGCCAGGGACGGAUGGCAGCAGCACAUCUGGAGGGCCUGAGUAUUGCAGAAAAUCUUCCAAACUGAAGAGAGACAAGGAGAAGAAUGCUUGCAAAAGUUGUGGGGAAAGCUUUAACUCUAUUACAAAAAGACGACAUCAUUGCAAGCAAUGUGGGACAGUUAUCUGUGCAAAAUGUUCUGAAUUUAAAACACUUGCUGAUAACAGCCGCCAGAAUCGAGUGUGUAAAGAUUGCUUUCAACUCCCAUCGGCAGCACCAUGCAUCUCAGGCAAUGAAAAUGCAGGAGAACAAAAGAAAAAGAUUGCCAUUGAGAAGCAAAACAUUUUGGGAGUGGAAAACAGUAUUUUCAGCAGCUACCUUCUGUUCCAAGAGAAAGGAAAAAAUUGGUGUAAAGUGUGGGUCACCAUUCCUAAGGCUGAACCUUUUGUCUUAUACCUUCAAGGAGGAAGUCAGGAUGGACAGGUUCCACGCAGUAUACCUUUAUUAGGAUAUGAAAUAGACUUCCCACAUUCUGGUGAGAAGUUUGAAUCAAAGUAUGUUAUCAAACUCAGCCAGUCCCAACAGACUUUGUAUUUCAGUGCUGAUGAUGAAGACUUGCAAAUAAAAUGGAUGGAUAUUCUCACCAAAGCAGCUAAAGGGGAGACUCAGAAUCCAAGUGAAGAAGCGAGCAAUUCUUAAUGUCUUUUUAUGUGGUCCAAACUGUAUCUGUGAGGAAAAAAAGAAGUCACCUGAACCUUGUAUUCAUGGCACUUUGAACACUUACAUGGCUUUAUAUUUCUGUAUGUCUGUAUAGGAGUUUCAGUGAUUUCUUUUCCUAUCUCCCUUUUAAUUGUACAUUUGUCACAUGCAGUACUGAUUGUUCAGCAUAUGCUUUGUUAGAUGGAAUGAGUAAGUGUAGUUGUUAAUAGUGAUUUUGUUGAUAUUAAUGGCAAAGGAAAAAAGAAAAGAAAAAGAGGAAGCAUUAAUUUUCUCACAGGUAAUUGGAAAACAAUCCAUUCUCUGCUCCCUUAUCCCCAGUAUUUUUGUUCUUUUCAAUUGUUGUUUAAGUGAAGGAUGUGUAUAGUAUGUGAAUUAUGGAGUUGCUGCCUUUAAGUUAAAUGUUGUACAAGGCUUGUGGCUGGCCACUGACAUGCCAUUCCUGUCUUCUCUUUUGAAUGGUUUUUUUUAAAAUAAUGGUCUCCUCUGACCUAUAUGAGCAAUGCAAUGGGAUUUGUUUUGGUAACACUGUUCUUUCUUGAAAUGAUUUUUUUUUUCACUAGAGUACAUUUCUAAGAUCUUCUGGAAGCCGUUGCAGAAGACAGUUUGAAAUUUCCAAUAUCAAGUAUUUAUCUAUAAUAUCUAUAUAAAUAUAUUUGGUUUUUUACUUUUACCCACACUUUUCGUAUUUCUUUAUAUGACCUCCUUUUUUAAGGUAUGCAAGCAAAUAUUUUAUACUGCAAACUGGGAUAUCAAUAAAUCAACAUUUCUAAGUACACCCAGCAAGGUAACUUUUUAUUAUUGUUUAGAAUGAUUAACAUUUUGGGGUAAUCAAGGAUUUAUUUAUAUAAUUUGUAAAUACCAUACAUUAAGCAUUUUUACAAACCUGAUCUAACUAAGAUUUAGUCUUCAGAUUAGGAUAAUUGUAUAAACUGAUUUUGUAAUUUGUUUCCUGUGUACUUUUGUUUUCAAAAGUAUUUAUGUAUGCAAAUAAAAAUCCAUGCCAUUG